UAUAGUAUAUGCUUUAGAAAAGAGCAAAACUAUUGCUCUCUAACCUAUUCGGUGCCCAACACUUCCGCUGCAACACAUUCAGACCAAGACAACCAAUUCUCUAUACAUGACUCCGGUAUUAAAGCUGGUGAGGCGGGUGCGGGUGCUGUCAAAUGUACUGAAGACUAUUUACAAUUAAACGGAAUUCGCUUUUGUGGACAUCAAUUGAAUGAAAAUGCUUUACAUCAGUCAAAUAACUGGUCCUUUUAUUGCAAGAUUUGUUUCCAAUGAUUUACUCAGUAGUCGUGGAUUUAAAUUAAAUUAUAAGCAAAAUCCAUGCAUUACUGUAUUUCAGUCAACACAUAGCCCACAAUCAACUACACCAUCAUCU